AUGAUGCGGGGAUCAUCACAACAGUUCAUGGGGGUCCCCGGACCCCAGAAGAUCCUCAAGACCUUCGGUUCACUCUGGCUGUCGCAAACUUCAAACGAGAAUACAAACCCCGGGACUUCAUCGUCAUGUCCAGGCUCAGAAAUAAGUUGCAAGGCCAACUACCACGGUCAAGACACCUGCUGUUUCAACUACCCCGGUGGCCAAAUGCUGCAGACGCAAUUCUGGGAUGUCGACCCUGCACUCGGCCCUGAAGAUGCAUGGACUAUCCAUGGGCUAUGGCCCGAUCACUGCAACGGCGGCUUUGACCAAUUCUGCGACUCCGGACGCAAGUACAGCAACAUUUCUCUGAUUCUAGUUGACGCGGGUCGGGGAGACCUGCUGGAAUACAUGAGCGAGUAUUGGAAAGAUUUCCGUGGUGAUGAUAGCAAUCUUUGGCAACAUGAGUGGAACAAACACGGCACUUGCGUUAGUACGCUAGAACCACAUUGCUACAAGGAUUACCUGCCGCAACAGGAUGUUGUCGACUACUUUGACAAAACUGUUGAGGUUUAUAAGGAAUUGCCCACCUAUGAGUUCUUGGCUAGUGCUGGCAUCGUACCAUCUCAGACGCGUACCUAUGCUCUUGCUGACAUUGAAGCUGCGCUAACACAAGCCCAUGGAAACCCUGUCACUAUCCGUUGCCGAGGCGGCGCCAUCAAUGAGAUUUGGUACUACUUCAAUAUCGCAGGAAGUCUCCAGUUCGGAGAAUUUAUCUCUGCAGGACCAGAUGGCCAGAAGUCCAAUUGUCCCUCCAGGGGAGUCAAGUACCCACUGAAGCAUGCUCGGCCUGAGCCUGCCCCGACAACUACAGGUGAUCACCCCGAGCCCACAGCGCCAGGCACUCCAUUCACAGACCGAGGUAACUUGAUUGUGUCGAGGCUUGGCAGAAAACAUGGCUGCAUCAUUAGCUACGGAACUUGGUUUUCGUCAGGGACCUGUGCGACUUUCCGGGCCGAAAAGAAAUCAGAUGAUGUGUUUACUCUGAAAUCUAGCAAGGGGCCCUGUGCCUUUGAGCGAGACGCCCUUGCUUGCGGACCUCACGUCAACACGCCAAGCGAGUUCACCGCCAAGGAUGGUAAGCUCGCUUACAGUGAUCGCACUACUUUCUAUGCCGAGAAUCCCCCCAAGGGGCGUACACAGAGUACUGUAUAUGCUUCGCAAGGGGGGCGGCCCAUUGAGAUCGAGAUCACGUGGACGUCGAAGUAG